AUGCACGCGGAGCUGGCAUGGGCCGCCGGCCUGGCGGCCGCCCAGUGUGCCGACCAGGCCGGGCUUACACCCUCCAAACUCGGGCAGCUCCAGCUUCCUGCGCGGCUAAAGUCAAGUCAAGCACAGCGCAAACAAACUGCACCUCUCAAGCAGCCGCUGCUGCGGCGGCCUGUGGAGCCUUGCACGCAGCCGCGAGCGCCGGUGCAGGCGACGCGCACGGCGCCCCGAGCGGCCGGCGGCUGGUCAUGGCCCGCGCCGGCGCCGGCCCACGCAUCCGACGAGAGCAGCAGCAGCAGCAUUGCCGCGAGUGCCAGCGGCGCCACGGGCAAGCGACCGCGCGCUGCGUCUGAAAGGGCUCGCAAUGCGGCGGCGACUCCUGGGGACGAGCAGGUCGCCGCUCCCGAGUCGGGGUCCCUGCGCUCCCUGCUGGUCUGUGCACUCUGGGGCGGCCGCUACGCGGCCGCCGGCCGGCGCACGGGCGACGAGGAGGACGAGGGCGGCGAGGAGUGCGACAGCGGCGGCAUCGAGAGCCUCGCACGCACGCUGCGCAGCCGGCCGGAGCUGCUGCGCCUGCUGGUCUCCUGCGAGCAGCAGCUGAGCGGCGCGGCGGACGCCGCGGCCGCGCGCAAGCGGCAGCGGCUGGCUGACGCAUCUGCGUAUGCGUACGCGUACGCGUGGGCCCACCAAGCGCAGCAGCCGUGGCCGGCAAUGCAGUGGCUGGCGCGCUGA